AUGUCUGUUGCUCAAUCGAGAAUUGCUGGCACAUUUGCCUAUUUCGGUUGGACCCUUGCACUAGCCAUCUAUGCAACGACCAUCUGGUAUUUUCCCGUGUCUGGGAUUGAGAAGUCGUACAUUGUUCAACUUUCAAUCAACUCCACCGAGCAUGUGCAGGUUGAUCUUGGCCUUUUUCGACUCUGCGUCUCACAUCCAUCCAAUGUCUCGUUGCAAUCCUGCCUAGACUCGUUUGGGCUCCCCAACGACAAGGACCCUCUACAGUUUGCAUCCAGCUUUAUCCAGAACAUGCACUUGGAAAACCUUCCAAGCCAUGAGUACAACAAGACACUCUCUACUCUGCUUGAUACUGCUCGAAUCCUUCGCAGAGAGAUGUUUCAAGGCUUUGACUUUGUUGCGGCGCUGGCAUCACUCUUCUCGGGAGGCUUGUUUCUGGUGUUUCCGGUAUUUUUCAACCCCCGGAACAGAUACGCAAUCUCCGGCGUAUUGAUGGCGGUGUCGGCACUAUCACUGGGGUUUGGCCUCGUGGCAGCUGGUGCUGCAGUGUCUACCACAUUACGAAUACAGUCGCUGUUGACGACUCCGGAUUCAUUGACCAUUAACCUCGGAACCGGACCUAUUUCUGCGACAAGCGGAGAUGUUCUUGGCACGUUUCUAAAGUGCGGCAUUAUCGCAAACGGAGUUUUCGUCGUGCUAGUUGUGGUCGCCGCUUUCCUACGUGAUGGUAGGAUUUUUACGACUACCAAAGACCGUGGCGAUGAUGCAUUCGACACGAAACCCAGACCGCCUCCAGCUUCCGGUACUUCGAAGGGCAGUUUAUUGGUCCAAGCAAAAGUCGACAAGCCCAACGUGGUCACGGGUUGA